AUGGCCAGUCCGUCCCUCGGCGAAAGUGUUUCAACUCGGACCCAAGCUGAUAGCCUCCCUGGAUUUAAGAAUAUUACGAUCCCAAAUGUCAAGAAGCUACAGCAAAUUUCCCAUCUCAGAUAUUGGCAGAAUGUCAUCAUGGUCGCCCUCGACUGCCGCGGCCUAGGUCCUCUCAUCUCCAAAGCCCUGGCACGACCCACCCCUGACCACUCUCGCUACGAGGAUUGGAACAAAUGGUCCAUUCUUGUCGGUAAAUGGCUCGUCAAGAACCUCGAUGAUCAGUUCGCUGUGCCCCUCAAAGCUAUCCACCCUGAUCUUGCGUUUGCCGAUGAAACCUACACGGCAAUCACGACAAUGGACUUCUCGAACGGAGAGGAUCAAAUGUCGAAGGAACUCAUGAAACUCUGGACGAUGCGACGUAGCCAGUACAGCACAAUUGGUAGCUAUGUCGACGCUUGGCGCGAGCAAGUUGUCACCUGUUUCAAACUCAAUCUUGGUCUUAGCUGGUAUGCUGCUACAAAGUUGAUGCUUAUGGAACUCAAGGAUGAGAUCCCUGUCUUGUGCAACUUUAUCAAUUACCAGAUUCGGGACCAUAGUGAAAGCCCUGGCGUCAUGGAUAUCAAUCAAUUCAAUGCGAUCACCAAUGGUAUCCUCGAAUCUGUUUAUAGGGGCUCGUGGCGAGACCGUCCACGAGUUGAGUAA